AUGAGAGGAUAUUUUGAGCUGAAUACUAAAGUCAGACAGCUGAUGGUGGAGGUGCUGAUGGUGGGGGAGAAACUGCUGGAAAUGUGGAAUAGAGGAGAUACAGAGAAAGAGUCCUGUGAGGAUCAAGACAUGGAAUCUCAGCCAGGGAAAAAAUUAACUCAUUCGAUUGAAGAAAUACUGAGGAGGCCCACAUGUGUCAGAAAAGAGAAGAGAAUUCAUCGCAACUGGUCUGUUAUCAAGGAAAACUCCAAAAUAUCUAACCAGCUCUCAUGUGCAGGUCAGAGGAAAAAGAGGCAAACGAGGGUCACUUUCACACCGUUCCAGGUGCACGAGCUGGAAAAAGUCUUCCAGCAGACACACUACCCAGACAUCAACUGCAGAGACCAGUUAGCCUCUCGCCUGCACCUCACUGAGGGACGAAUACAGAUUUGGUUCCAGAACCGCAGAGCCAAAUGGAGGAAGGCAGAAACACUGAAGGAUAUAGAAAUGAUGACCAGACAGGACAUGCAGCCAGCCAGACAUGACCCCCGCCUUUAUUAUGAGUUCUUACAGAAGCCUCAGCUGCAGGCAGCGUGCUGGCUGCCGUGCUGCUUAUCGAAACCCCUUCAAUCAAGGCUGUGCCUCAGAGCAACAUCAACACCCACCUUGCUGACCAACACACAUUCCCCAGAUCAUAGGACUCUGUAUUAUGACCCCCUGGUGACGGACAGAUAG